ACCGCUGCCGGCCCGCCAGCCCGGCUCCCGCACAUCUGGCGGUCCCACGCACAUCUGGGCAGCCGGCGCUGGAGCAUGAACGGCUCUCAGGGGGGCGCCGCGGCUUGGGCCGCCUGGCUGAGCUCCUGCUGCAACCAGUCCCGGGAGCUGCUGGAGCCCCCCGAGGGGCCGCGCGUGGUGCAGGCGGCGGUGCUGGGCGUGUUGUCGUUGCUGGUGCUCUGCGGGGUCCUGUUUCUGGGCGGCGGCCUCCUCCUCCGGGCCCAGGGCCUCACAGCGCUGCUGGCCCGCGAGCAGCCGGCGUCCCACGAGGCCCAGCCCGGCGGGGCCAGCGGAGGCGACAGUGAGGACGACAACGACAACUAGGCGCCCGGCUGCGCCCGGGGUUGGAGCCUCCAGGCAGCCCCGGGCUUCGCUCGGUGUCGUCCGCAGCACGCCCGACAGCUAGACAGCUACUGCCGAGCCUGUAUCUUCCCCCGAUGUGGCGCGCCCGGCACAGAUUCCUGGGCCUUGCAUCAUCUGCCUACCAGAGAGCUCUCUCUCCAGCUGCCGUAACGGGGAACCCCUGCCACCUUCAGUCCAUUCUUGGUGCAGAUGACAGACUGGGAGACACCUGGAUUGUGUGAGACCUCGACCUGGAAUCCUUGCACCCAGCUCUUGCCUCUGACCUGCUCCAUGGGACCCUGGAGUACUCCUGUUGUGGGGGAGGGGGGCUCUUGGGAGGUCCGCACUGCCAGAGGGAAGGAGCCCACUUGGUGACUGCUGCAUGUCCUGGCCACUGAAGUGGUCACACACCCUGCAUGCCUGGGGGGAAGGGGGUGCAGGGAGAGAUGGUGGCUGUGCCCUCUGCCUGCUGGGCCUCUCUCCUAUCUGGUGUGGGGCAGCAAGGAUCUGACAGGCCAGUUACCUGUCCCUGCUGAGGGCUGUGGGUCAGUGUCACCCAUGUGGAGGCUUGGGAUGCGCCAGCCAUCCGGCAAUGUCCCAUCGCUUUCUGUGGCUUGUUAUUAAAUAUGCUGGUGAUAUA